UCGGCGACUCUAUGUUCAAGUUCUAUAGCCCGCUUUAAUUAGCCACCUUCUGUCGCGGAAGUCGAUCAUCACAUCCCUGUGCAUAUCUUGUCGUGGAAGCGGCACCUAGAGGCAGUCGAUUGUCCUCGCACUGGAUACUGUGCCCGCACGCUCAGCAAGUACCGAUCCGCCCACGCCACGUCGUCCAUGCUGUUGAACACCGCGUCCACUUCUCAGUGUAUUCCUGGCUCCGCUACGGCACAGAUACUGGCUCGCUUGGGCGCGUCGUCCCUAUCAAUCCAAGACCAGUGCCGGUUUGCACUCUACGGCGUCGGACCGUACGCAGAAUUAGAGCCCUUGACCAUCCAGGAGGUAUUCUCGCGGCGCGCACAUGCACUCCCAGACUCCGUCGCCGCCAGUCACCUUGGUGCCACGCUAACUUACCGGCAGCUCGACGAAGCCUCCGAUAUGCUCGCGCGCGAGCUGCGCAAGAAGGGCGUGGAAAGGGGUUCUAGAGUCUGUCUCCUCGUCCAACGCUCCCUGGGCAUGCUUGUCGGGAUCUUUGGUAUCCUCAAAUCGGGCGCGUCAUACAUUCCUCUGGACGGCGGCGUGGUCACCGAGCAGACGUUCAGCUACGUGCUGAAAGACUCCGGCGCGGCUUUUAUUGUCUGCACCUCGGUAUUUACGCACCGUGCUCCCCACGACCUGCAAGUACUGUGCUUGGAAGACUUCGCACCCUCUAAUGACAACGGCACAAUGCAACUCCCAGUCCAAGAGCAGAGUUCAUAUCUCGAUGAGGCCUACGUAAUUUACACAUCAGGCACAACUGGCAUGCCCAAGGGCGUGAGCGUGUCUCACAGGAACGUAACCAACUUGCUCUGCCACGAACCCGGAAGUCUCGGUAUCUGCCCCGGGACCAAGGUCUCGCAGCUGCUCAGCGUGGCCUUCGACAUGUGUGUCUGGGAAGUCCUCGGCUGCCUGCUCAACGGCGGGACGCUCGUCCUGCGGGGCUCGAGCAAGCUCGAAUGGGAGCGCACGCUCCAGUCUGUGCACGUCGUCGUCGCGACGCCGACGAUCCUCCAGUGCUACCGCGCCGCGGACUACCCUGCGAUCCGCGUCGUCGCGACCGCGGGCGAGCCGUGUUCGCAGGCGCUCGCGGACGAGUGGUCCGUCGGGAAGGCGUUCUACAACUGCUGUGGACCCACGGAGACUACGAUCGUGAACACGAUGCAUCGCCACCAACACCUCACGCCCCUGUCCAUCGGGGCCCCGACCCCCAACAACCGAGUGUACAUCCUCGACGAGAACCUGCAGCCGUUGCCGAUAGGCUGCAUCGGCACGAUGUGGGCGGCGGGCGCCUGCGUGACGUCAGGCUACGUGAACAAGCUGGAGCUAUCGCGCGAUCGAUACCGUCCUGACCCAUUCUGCAACAACGGGAUGAUGUUCAACACGGGAGACCUCGGCCGCUGGAACGAACACGGCGAGCUGGAGCAUUUCGGUCGGCUGGACGAUCAGGUGAAAGUCAAGGGUUUCCGCGUCGAACUCGACGGCGUGGCAGCCGUCAUGGAGGCACACCCCAGUGUCACCAGGGCAGUGUCUCUGCUCAUUGGUACGGACCUUUGGGGGAUCAUCAGCCCGUCUUCGGUGCCCAUCGACGAGCUCAAGACAUUCAUCGAGCGCCGCCUACCGUACUACUCAGUUCCAUCGCGGUAUAUUUCCCUAGAAAUGUUCCCAAUGACGAGCAACGGCAAGGUAGACAAGCGUUCUCUUCGUGAAGUAGCGGUCUGCAGUGCUUCGCUUCCGUUAACGGAGCACAAAUUGCAGGCCAAAGAGGGCACAUGUCCUAUUUUCCGAUGAACUCUGUCCUCUGGCAUGAGUGCGACAGUGAUACUCUCCUGUGCAUGCUGUAUCGUCCAUAGCUCGAGUGCAUGAUGAUCGUGUCCCCGAGAGGAAUCACAGUGCCACGCUGUGUUGCGGUAUACCGGGGUCUAGAUGUAGCCUGAGGUCAAAGUCAAAAUUCUGCUGAGCGUAACUUAUUUUCGUAUAUCUUAGAGGUUUCCCCACCC